CUUCACACCAUCGACACCAAUAAACACUUCGACGACCUGUUCGCCAUCAUGGCGCUUCUCUGGCGACGGAUAAAAGGCUCGCGCGCGCAGUCCUAUGAGCAUUUGCCGCUGAGCGAGAACGAGAAAGAGACCCCCUCAACCUCGUCCAAAUACUACAAGAACGGCGCACCCACGUUUCGCACCGUCAUCAUCGCCUUUGUAGCUUUCGGCUCUCUGAUUGGUAUCUAUGGCCUCACCAGAUCCUCCGCUACCUCCGUGGCCAACAAGUCCUGCGACACCAUUGAUGAUGGCUACCGCUGCAGCCCCGAAACCACGCACUUCUGGGGCCAGUACUCGCUCUGGUUUUCGGUUCCGUCCGAGAUUUCUGUCCAAUCCCCACCAGAGUGUCACGUGACCUUUGCGUCGGUCCUGUCGAGGCAUGGUGGUCGCGACCCCACAUCCAAUAAAGCGAUAGCAUACGGCGCUCUCGUCGGGUACAUACAGAACUCAACCACUACGUUCCCGGAUGAGUUUGCGUUCCUCAAGGACUAUCAAUAUACCUUGGGCGCCGACCAGUUGACUGAUGCGGGGAGGCAAGAGAUGGUAAACUCGGGAGCACACUUUUACAGGCGGUACGCAGGUUUCCUGGAGAAGAAGACACCCUUUGUGAGGUCAUCAGGGCAGGAUCGGGUGGUCGAAAGCGCUGAGAAAUGGUUAAUGGGUUUCGCGCAGGAAGGCAAGAGGGACGAAACGGGCAAAAUCGACGUCAGGAUCCCGGAGGAGAAGGGUCAGAAUAACACACUUUCACAUGAGAUUUGCACCGCUUUUGAGGAGGGUCCACUGGACAAGGUUGGAGACAGUGCACAGGCGAUCUGGGUGUCCAAAUUUGUUCCGCUGAUACAACAACGCGUCAAUGCGAAGCUAGGGAUUACUCUCACGCCGACCGAGAUUAUCUACCUCAUGGAUAUGUGCCCGUUCGACACGCUGUCUUCGCCUAUGGCUGCGGUUUCGGAGUUCUGCCAUCUUUUCACCGAAGCUGAAUGGCAUCAAUACGAUUACUAUGAGACACUAGGUAAGUACUAUGGCUACGGCAACGGUAACCCGCUUGGACCUACACAGGGUGUUGGAUAUGUCAAUGAGCUCAUCGCUCGCUUGACGGAGAAACCGGUUGACGAUCACACCAAUACUAAUUCGACACUUGACUCCGACCCUGCGACUUUCCCUCUCGACCGCAAGGCCUAUGCCGAUUUCAGUCAUGACAACGACAUGAGCGCCAUCUUUGCUGCGCUCGGUCUAUACAACAGUACCAAGCCUCUGUCAAACAGCACCAUAGAAGAUACGGUCCAGACAAAUGGGUUUUCUGCAGCUUGGACGGUACCGUUUGCCGCGAGGAUGUACGUCGAAAAACUUCAAUGCAAAGGCGACAAAGAAGAAUCUGUAAGAAUCAUCAUGAACGAUCGAGUCAUGCCUUUGGAGUUCUGCGGAGGCGACCAAUAUGGCCGGUGCGCCCUGAGCAAAUUCGUAGAGAGCCAGAGUUUCGCGAGAAGCGGCGGACACUGGGAUCAGUGUUUUCCUUGA